AUGAUCGUAGCAAUAGGUUGUUUGCGGGGCGCGCGGCCAGGGUGUAGAGGGGGUGUAGAGGGGUACGGCGAAUAGCAGAUGACACAGCUCCCACCUCCUUCGUCCUAGCACGACGCUGCCGCGGCUCUUGGUACCUGGGCAGUAGAAUACGACGACAUGCUAAGGAACAUCCCCGAAACGGUGCGCAAGGGCAAGGAACCACGCGCCUCUCCCUACAAACCUCAACGCUGGCGAGGGGCCAAUUUGGACACGCUCUCGGUGCCUACAGCAACGCAAAGCAUCGAGACGAAAGCGGUGACGACAAAGAAGAGACCCCUCCUUCCCCCACUCCGACACGAUUUCAUACCGACGAAAAAGCUGUCACUAUGUCAACGAGGGCGGGUUCGGACAGAAAACAAGCGCAACUUGGCAAAGGAGGCCAGCAACAUGGCCAAACGAAACAGAAAUUUUCGGGACCAUGGACUUCAGCACCUCAAUCGACUGGAAUUCCUCCGAGUUAUUCGUAUCCAGCUCGUUAAAGACCGCGGCCGUGAUGCUGAUGCCGCACCGCUUUACCUGUCCGGCUCGAUCGGCUCACUCUUCAAGGCUUGCAAGGAAUUGCACAAGUUGGGGAUCUUUCAUGGCGAUGCGUGCGACACAGUGAGUGGUAAUAUUAUGGUAGUGGAUUUUGAGCGGGCAGAUGUACGCUGUCGCCCACCUCUCGGCUCACUUAGCUCAAACACUCAACCCCAGAAGAGAAAGAGGGGGAUGUUGCAGAAGCAAGAGAAAGGCAAUUUCACCAACGAACUAGAAUCCGUCGUAGAACGUGUUUCAAGAUGUAUAACAACAGUACGGCCAGAGGCUGCUACCUAUGCGGCCAAGAUGGUGCGAGAUGUAUAAGGAAUGACAAAGAGUUGGGUUGAUGUUAACGAAGAACAAACAGAACGUGUAAGUGUG